CUGGAAGAGACGCUGGGCUGUGGACUGAUGCCCUUUGUCCUUUCCCUCCCCAGGAUUAACGAGGGUGGAGAAUGACCCACGGAAGUCUGUGAAGAGUCUACAGUACAGACGUUCGUAUUUGGGGAGUUUUUAAUGCGUGCCAGUCAUAAACUUUACAUUUUCCUCAACCUAAUCUUUGAAUGGAGAGCUACCUGCUUAGGAUGUCCCCUGUUCAAGGAAUUCCUCAGAUCAAAACUAAUUGCAGAGUUUCCGGUUGACCAGCAUUCAUAGGGAUGAAAACAAAUUCCGAGAUGGUGUGUCUAAGAAACUUCAAAAGGUGUAGACCUCCCGAUUGAAGCGUGGUGGCUUUGACUCAUUUCUUCGUGACAUUUCCGUUCUCUACAAGGGAGUCAUGAUCACACUAACGGAGCUGAAAUACUUAGCAGACGCCCAGUCGUCCUAUCAAAUCCUGAAGCCGUGGUGGGACGUCUUCUGGUACUACAUCACCCUCGUCAUGCUGCUGGUGGCCGUGCUGGCCGGCGCCCUGCAGCUUACCCAGAGCAGGGUUCUGUGCUGUCUCCCAUGCAAGGUGGAGUUCGGCAAUCACUGCGCCGUGCCUUGGGACCUUCUGAAAGCCGGCGAGAACACGUCCUCGACCCCGGGCAUGCUCCUCCCGGCACCGCUCCGGAUCCAGAACGACCUCCACCGGCAGCAGUACUCCUACAUCGACGCUGUCUGUUAUGAGAAACAGCUCCACUGGUUUGCCAAGUUUUUCCCCUACUUGGUGCUUCUGCACACACUCAUCUUCGCAGCCUGCAGCAACUUCUGGCUUCACUACCCCAGCACCAGCUCCAGGCUGGAGCACUUUGUGGCCAUCCUUCACAAGUGCUUCGAUUCUCCGUGGACCACGCGUGCCCUGUCAGAAACAGUGGCCGAACAGUCGGUGAGGCCCCUGAAACGCUGCAAACCCAAAACCUUGCUCGUAAACCCCGGGGGUCCUGCCGACAAUGAUGCCAGCAAGCAGUCGCCGCCCUACCCACAGCCAGGCUUGGAGUCACCCGGCAUAGAGAGUCCCAGUUCUAGUGUCCUGGACAAGAAGGAAGGAGAACAGGCCAAGGCCAUCUUUGAAAAAGUGAAAAGGUUCCGCCUGCAUGUGGAACAAAGGGACAUCAUUUAUCGGGUGUACCUGAAGCAGAUAAUAGUCAAAGUCAUCCUGUUUGUCCUCAUUGUAUCGUACGUUCCGUAUUUCUUGAGCUGCAUCACUCUUGAAAUCGACUGUUUGAUUGACUUGCAGGCAUUUACAGGCUAUAAGCGCUACCAGUGUGUCUACUCCUUGGCAGAAAUCUUUAAGGUCCUGGCUUCAUUUUAUGUCAUCUUGGUGAUACUCUAUGGCCUCACCUCCUCCUAUAGCUUGUGGUGGAUGCUGAGGAGCUCCUUGAAGCAGUACUCCUUUGAGGCACUCAGGGAGAAAAGCAACUACAGUGACAUCCCUGACGUCAGGAAUGACUUUGCCUUUAUCCUCCAUCUGGCCGACCAGUACGAUCCCCUGUACUCCAAGCGCUUCUCCAUCUUCCUGUCAGAGGUCAGUGAGAACAAACUGAAGCAGAUCAACCUCAACAAUGAGUGGACGGUGGAGAAACUGAAAAGCAAGCUUGUGAAAAAUUCCCAGGACAAGGUCGAGCUGCAUCUCUUCAUGCUCAGCGGUCUUCCGGAUAACGUCUUUGAGUUAACGGAGAUGGAGGUGCUGAGCCUGGAGCUCAUCCCUGAGGUCAAGCUGCCGGCCGCCGUCUCUCAACUUGUUAACCUCAGGGAGCUUCACGUAUACCAUUCGUCUCUGGUAGUCGACCAUCCUGCCCUGACCUUCCUAGAGGAGAACUUAAAAAUCCUCCGCCUGAAAUUUACUGAAAUGGGAAAGAUCCCACGCUGGGUGUUCCACCUGAAGAACCUCAAGGAACUGUACCUGUCAGGCUGUGUUCUCCCCGAGCAGCUGAGCACCAUGCAGCUGGAGGGCUUUCAGGACUUGAAGAACCUGAGGACCCUCUACCUAAGGAGCAACCUGUCCCGCAUCCCCCAGGUGGUGACGGACCUGCUGCCCUCCUUGCAGAAGCUGUCCCUCGACAACGAGGGCAGCAAACUGGUUGUGCUGAACAACUUGAAAAAGAUGGUCAACCUGAAGAGCCUGGAGCUCCUCAGCUGUGACCUGGAGCGCAUCCCUCACUCCAUCUUCAGUCUGAACAACCUGCAGGAGCUGGACCUCAAGGAGAAUAACCUGAAGACCGUGGAGGAGAUCAUCAGCUUCCAGCACCUGCCGCGCCUUUCCUGCCUGAAGCUCUGGCACAACAACAUCGCUUACAUCCCCGCCCAGAUCGGAGCGCUGUCCAACCUGGAGCAGCUCUUCCUGGGCCACAACAACAUCGAGAGCCUGCCCUUGCAGCUCUUCCUAUGCACCAAGCUGCACUACUUGGAUCUGAGCUAUAACCACCUGACCUUCCUUCCCGAGGAAAUCCAGUACCUGACCAACCUGCAGUCCUUCGACGUGACCAACAACAACAUUGAGAUGCUACCAGACGGGCUCUUCCAAUGCAAGAAGCUGCAGUGUCUGCUCCUGGGGAAGAACAGCCUGACAGAUCUGUCCCCUCUGGUGGGUGAGUUGUCAAACCUCACCUACCUGGAGCUGGCUGGGAAUUACCUGGAGACACUGCCCCCCGAGCUGGAAGGGUGUCAGUCCUUGAAGCGGAGCUGCCUGAUUGUGGAGGACAGCCUGCUCAACACUCUCCCGGCCCCCGUGACGGAGCGCUUGCAGACAUGCUUAGACAAGUGUUGACCUGAGGAUCAGACUCACGGCCAGAGCAGUUGCAGAGUGAGGCCCCGGGGCUGAAAGGAGAAGGAACUUUCCUGAGUUACGGAGAUGAAAAGUGGCUGGUGGUUAUGACACACCCUAACCCAAAACCUUCCCAAAUGACCCAGUGUGAAAGCAAGUCAGAGGAAGAUGUCAGCGUUGCAGUUUUGUGAAUAAAACUGAUCUUUAAAUUAUUGAGAUGUUGUAAAAAUAAUAAAUAAAAGUAAUACGUUGAGGUGGCCUGAGAGGCGUGGAGUUAUAGAAACUUUACCUUUCAAGUCUUAUCUUCAGGACUCUGUAUUUUUCCGCUCCUUUAGCCCAUUACUUAUUUGUGCUCUUGUUUUCCUGACUUUCUUGUCACCAACCCCAUAAAGACUCAUCAGCACAAAUGUCCUUGAUGUGUGCUCGCCAUUGGUUUGAUUUAUAUUCUUCCAUUUUUUUUUAAGGCAGGCCACAUUGUGCUCGGCUUCCUCCCCACUUCCUCUCUCAUUUUGCUGGAAUCCUCAUCUGGUUUUCUCUGCACAACAGUGAACAUCCCUGGGAGAAUUGCUAACACUUGGCAUUCGCCUAGAACAGGAGCCAGGGUUCCUAGGACAUGUGGUCCUCUGAGCAUCCUAAAAAUUAAUGUUUUCUCAGAUUUGUCUUCUUGUCUGUCAUCAAAGCCUUUUUAAAAUACGUUAAGAGUUUUUAUAUGAGACAAAAUAUUUUCUACAGUAUGAUCUUAGAUUCUACAUCUAUGAGAACACUUUGUAAGGUAUAGUGAACAUGUGCAUCUCUAUAAGAAUUUACUGAUUCUCAGUUUGGGCUGAUUAUGAUUCUCAUGUUUGUAUGCAUUCUGCUCCAAAAAGUUUUUGUACUCUGCAACUAAUUACUUUUGGAUGACAAAGCCUUGUGUUGUUUUCCCCCAGAGUCGUUGAGGGGUCUCUGUGUGAGAGGACAGCUGCACCAUCUACCUCUCCUUGUGCAACCGUAUGGGUCCAAUCCUCAAUUACUUACAAACUGGUGGAGGGGAGGGGGCAAGGUCUAGAUUGGAAAAUGCUUUGUAGAAACUAGGUAAGCAUUAGAUAAAAAUGUAGGGCGUCCCUCCAUCUACACGCUCUCUCAGUAUGGUUAGGAUGGAAGCUGUCUGUUCACCACCUAAGUGAGUUCACUUAGCUGAUGUCCAUCUCAUGCCUUGCAACUCCUGGGAUAUGUCUUGUUUCUUUUGACAGAGAGCUUUGUGUUGGUUCUUUAUUAUCGUGCAUAUCAUUGAAUAAAUAAAAUGGACUGGCUCACUCUAGGGAAGUGAACAUUGUAGUGUAUUUUUUCUCUACUGGGUCUAGGCGUUAUGAACUCACCUCUUUUUGGACAUUAACUGCAUCUACACGAAACUGGAAAACACUGUGGGUCGAGAAUCUUCUAAACACUCAACUGCGAUGUGUAGUUUUUCUCUUGAUUUGUUCUAGAAAGAUGAAAGUGAGUCUUCCAAGUAUAAGCAAUGCCUCUUUUCUUAGCUGCCACAUAUGCCUGAUGUUCAGAGAAAAGAAUUAUGCAGAAGAAACUGGAAGGGGGUUAGUUACAAAGAAUAUCUAGAGAAGGCCCAAAAGCUGCCUAACACUGUGAAUGGCAAGGAACAGACUGAAAAUAGACAUAUUAACAAAGCUUGCCUUCAUCAGAACGUCCAAGUUCUCAGGGAACCAGGGAUGACCAGGGCAGCUCUCUCUGGGACCUCACAGACAGGUCCUGGUAUAGCUAAGUUUUUUCUUAUUUUUACUUUUUUAAAAAUGUGAGUUGAUGAUAAAUGUUUUCCAGUAGAAUCAUCAUGUGGACCAAUUCCAAAGUUGGCUGGAAUUUUCUGAAGUUUUGAAUAAAUGUUUUAUGUGAGGGAGGUUUCAAUAUUAUCAACCAUACUUCUUAUGAAAAAAAAAAUCCCACUCUUUUUAUAGGAAAGAAAUUCAAAACACAGUUCAGAUUUUCUAACCCUCACCCAACAAAAGAGAACUUCCCCAUACCUUGUUCUCCAGUGCAAGCAUCAUUGGCUAACUCUCCUACCUCCUCAAAGCAGUUCUCUGGAAGGAUCAACUGUGAGGUGUAAGCCGCUUUCCCCACACUAGGCUGUUUUUGCUGCUAGAAACCAUAUCGCUCUUGAGACCACAGUUCCGAGAUGUCUUUUGAAUUUAAUGCUUAUGCAACAAUGUUGAGGUAGCUUUUCAAGCUAACCAACACUAUGGCAAUGAACAAUACACUACUGCCCAACUGAUGGAGAUCGGUGUUAGCGUUGGCUUCACUGGCCUGUGUCAGUACUCACCUAGUACCUAACAGAUUCUUAAAUGAAGAAAAUGAAAUCAUCUUAAUUAUCAUGAGACUUUCCAAAAACCAAACAUAAAGGAUCGAAAGCAAAGUUUUGGCUGAUGGUGCGAUGGUAUGGAUUCAUUGUAUUUGCAUCCACACACAAAUACAGAGAGACACAUGUCUCGUAUUUGCAAAUUUUGUUUAGGUUAGUCUAAGAAUAGCAACUUUUUUUUAAUUCAUUACUUUUAAUCAUGAAGUAUUUGAUUUCCUUCAUCAUGGUAUUUAAAAUCAAACACUAUUUGAGAAGGUACCAUGUGUUUCCACAAAAGUGGAGGGUUUUUUCCUUGUCUGUAUCAGGGUGGACCUCUGUAGCAUAUUGAUGAUGCAUUUUCAUUUUAAUCUCCUAUGUAUCACCAUAUUUCUCUGUUACAAAUAAACAAGUUGAUUCAGGGUACAUGGAAUGCUUGGGGUCUCAGUGAUGUGGCAAGCUCUAAUUUAUCUGCUGUAGUAUGCUAACACGGCUUAUGUAUAUAACAUUACUCCUUGGUAGUGAAAUGGUUCUGCUGGUGUUUUAUCAUUCAGAUAUCAUGUUUAAUUAAAAUAUUACAUGAAUAUUGAUGGGUUCAUUAAAACAGGCAAACACUUAUUCUAUAGACUUGACAUUAUUUCCUUAUAUUUUCAGUAAAAUUACCUUUCCAUCUUUAUAUUCGUGUCGCGCUGGUCCAUCCACGUCAGGUAUCUUCGUGCUCACCCACCUCACUGAGUCUGACCCGCACUGUAUGGAAGCGGUGUCCGCUUGCUGUAGCAUUUGCAGGGACCCCCACGUGUGCGCAGCCUUCAUGCCUGCUCUAGGAAUCCAGCCUCUGCUCACCUUGUUUUCAUUGACUACAUAUUGCAUUUGAAUCUGUAUUACUUCCUGGGAGAUAAAAGACAAUAAUUAGAGAGAGAAAGGAAGACAUUUUGCAUCUUGGAAGAAAUGCAUAUAUUUAGACAGUGUAAAGAACAGUACUGUAGCAUGUCCUGGGUGUGACGGUUUCUCAUCUGUACCUGUGUGGUGUGCUGAAGCAGGGGAAGCUGCAGAAUGGCUCCCUUCAGGUCUCUUGCCCACAGCUUCUGCAUCCAGUGACAGCUGUCUACUGUGCAUCUUUUGCAAUGGACUUCAUGAACUAUAUUCUCUUCAGCCUUUUAAAAAAAAAUAUGCACAGUUUCAUCAACAUGGAAGUAUUAACACAGAUUAUAUGAGCCAAAGUACUGAGUUGAGAUGGCCUCUAGUUGAACUUAAUUACAUACUAAAGUUUUGAAUUUAACACAAAUACACCAUAGCUGAAAAAAAACAAUUAUGAAUGCCUUCUGCAUGUUCAUUAUUUCUAACAGACAUGGUGCAACUUUAAAAAUACAAAAGGGUAUAUAUAGCAUUAGAAUGGAUGUGUCUGUGCUCAUAUCUGCUGUGUGUCAGCCUUUAGAUCAACAUUGUACAGUAAGACAAAAUUCUAAGUUUCAUUCUAAGUAACAUAAUGGGCCACUCUUGAGUGGAGACACUCUCUUCUGUUGGCUCCCAAUGAAGGCUAGCAUUUGUUACUUUAUCUUAAAAUACCAUAUUUUGGAAACGUGUAUCUGGGUUUUGCUUCUGGAAUGAAUUACUAGCAAAUGUAAAAUUGUGUUCAAUGUUUUUGGCCCCCUGGAUUUAAAUCCCUACAUUCUGUAGAUUUUGGGUAAAAUUUGCUGUUUUUAAAGUAUCUUUUGUGUAAAAAGAUUAGAUUUUUAUAAUAAAUGAUGGAUAAGAUGGAUCAGUGGAAACUA